UUUGCAAUAUCACAUUUUCAACUUAACUCUGCAACACCCAAUCGUAGAAUUCUAAUCAUAUCAUCUCCAGCUUCUCUAAUUCGGUCUAUAGAUUUAGAAGCAUCGCUUCACGAUGAUUCUGCUUCUGCUGAACUCAACCUUAAUUUUAUACAUCCCCGAACUUAUGUUGAAAUUAAAGGUUCGUGCAAUGGGUUCGUAUACGAUUUUGCUAGCAUGUGCCUAUGGAAUCCAUCCAAUGGUGUUCACAAACAAAUACCUUCCAAUUUUGAUUCCAAUUGUUUUUGUUAUCUAGAUGGUUUUGGGUAUGACCCCUCAACAGAUGACUACUUGAUUGUUUCAAUGUCCUACAAUCCAGCCUUAGAAUUUUCCUCACAUUUAGAAUUUUUCUCAUUCAGAGCUAAUACAUGGAAAGAAAUUGAGGGUAUUUACCUCCCUUAUAUGAAUGCGGGUGAUAAUUCCAGAGUAGGGUCUCUCGUUAACGGGGCUAUUCAUUGGGUGGCUUUUAAUAGUGAUACAUCAAUGGAUGUUAUUGUUGCCUUUGAUUUAGCCGAAAGGAAACUUGUAGAGAUGUUUUUGCCUCAUGAUUUUAACAUUGAUUCUAACUUUUAUGAGUUGUGGGUAUUUGGAGAAUUUCUCAGCCUAUGGGUUAGGGGGGAGGAUGCGGUUGAAAUAUGGGUUAUGAAAGAAUAUAAAGUCCAGUCGUCAUGGACUAUGACUCUUGUUCUUCCAAUGGAUGAUUACUUUUCCCCAAUAUGCUGUACAAUCAAGGGUGAUAUUAUUGGAACAGGUAGUACCGGAUUGGUGAAAUAUGAUGAUAAAGGGCAGUUGCUAGAGCAUCGAUCCUAUGGUGUCGUUCCACAUGGAUCCCAAGUGGCCAUGUAUGUAGAGUCACUGCUUUCACUCCCUGUCGACAGCGUGCAAUCGUAAAAAGAUUAUACAAGCAAGAAGAAUGAGGUCGUGAAAUAUUCCCCUUCACUAUUUUCUUAUUUAUAUUGUAAUAUGAACUCUUGGGUGGCUACAAAGACUAUGUGUUUGAGGGCAUUUGUAAUAGGAGUCAGUAUGCCACUUGAGUUAUUGGUGAAACAUUUGUAAUAUGUUUUUAAUGUUAUUUAUGCUUGUUUUCUAAUGUAUGUUGUGGUCAUUAUUUGAAAUUGUUUUGUACUGUAAUUUAUUUGAUGAACUUCUGCAUGUUGAUUAAGAUCAAGA